CCGUUGUUCCUUUUUAUUAGUUUCCAAACAAACAAAAGUAAAUAAAUUGUCUACGAUAUGGCGCAGGUUGCUUUUCUGGACAACCUUCUGAAGGAAUAUUUGGUGUUUAGAGGUUUUUCUUCCACCUUAAAAACUCUCGACCAGGAACAAAGGACCGAGAAAGAUCAAAGCUUCCGUGCCGAGAAAUUGUUGGAAAAUUUUAAUCAGUCCAUUCAAAGCCAUGAUUUAGCUGCGCUACGAGCGCUUUGGGCGCACUUAGAUAGCAACCUCUUCAGCAAACUGGAGCAUACUUAUGCCACAGCUGUGAAGAAAUUGGAAAAUAGUUUACUCAAGUUGUACCUGGUAACGGCCUACUCAAGCAAUCGUCUGGAUAAAGUAACAGAAUUUUUCGCAAAACUUGCAGUAGAUUUACAACAACAAAGCGAAUGGAAGGAUUGGUUUUAUUUUCCAUUUUGUAAGAAUGCUGAGGACUCGCCCACUUUCGCUUUGUACUUUUCGAAACAAUGGCAAGACACAUUACAAUUAUCGCUGCGUAACUUCCUUACAACAAUUUACCAAUGUUUGCCACAACCAACUAUUGUACGCGCCGAAUACGAGGCCGCGCAUAUACGGCGACUACAGGAGGAGAAUGCUUUGCUGAAAACGCGCUUACAACAAAUGCAACAACAAAUAUCGACCUCCGGUAGUAAUCAGAAUCUUAAUGCUGCCGGUAGCGAUUCCAGUGGAGCGCGUCGUCGUGCAUCGUAUAGACCACAGCAAAGUCUUAGUGACAUUUUGCCCUUCGACGUUAGUCCGCCGGGGCAUGUGGUAGAUGAUUUUUCAGUAAUAUCAUCGGAAGUGAAUAAUGUAGCGCAAGCAAGUGAUGCACAGGCACGCGGCUUGCGAAUGCUGAUACGCAACAUUGGAUCGGGGGGAUCGCCAGACACAGGCGGACGUAAAGAUGCUAGUAGUAGCGGAACUAACGACAAGGCAAACAAGCGGCGCUCAGGUAGUGUGGGGCGUAAUUGGAUAUAAUUCGAAAGUCUGGAAGGAUGAUUGGAAAAUCACAGAAACAAAUUAAGUUAUAUCAUUAUUAUAAAAAAAGGGCAUGUAGCAUAGGACACAUAACAGAAGUAAAACUUUCAAGGCAUACAAAGAGGGAGAGACCCGAGGGAGAGAGAAAGAAUAUAUAUCUAAAUAAAUUCACAACAUUUGCAGAGAAUACAAAUACACAAAAUUUAUCCAAAACGGAGAAGUUUCGACCGGUGUAGGUAAACGCCCGCACUACUCCGAGCGUUUAUCACCCGCACAAACGCAUCGAUUCCAGGACCCCAGCAACGACACAAAUUACCGCAAGGCCAUACUAAUAAAUCCGACGCCGGAAUGGAUAGCACUUUAUAGUGCGCACAAG